AUGGAGCGGUACUUAGGGAUUUUGACGGGCCUCGGAGCGGUCGCAGCCGCAGAGAGGAUACGUGAAGACAAGGUGGACAAAGAGGCCGUCCUCAAAUGGCUUGCCAACCAGGCUCAGGAUAAUAUGGAUCAGCUCCUUCAGCUCUACGACAUUCUGAAGGUCGAGGUCACGGAACCCGCGCUUUUGGCCUACCAUGAUGCCAGGAUGAUUGCGGUAAACGCGGCCGUGGAGGCGGCGUGGGGCAAGGGUUGGAGAGGGGAGUUUGAUUACGACGACGUCAGUUGUGGGUAUAAGAAGAUGCUGGCUAUCAAGAAUGUUACCGAACAAUAUCCCAAGCUGGAGCAUGCGAUAGCGGGGGUAUCCAUCGCCCGGACGUGCCGUUUUGACCGUGUGACAAACGGCGAGAAGGGGGAGAGAAAGCCAACUCAGAAAUUCACCACAGCCGAUUUCGAGGAGGCCUGUCAAAGUCGUAAGCGCAAACAUAUUGGGGACAAGGAGUCGCCUGAGCCGACUCGUGCGACGGCCGAGUCUGAGCUAUCUCCUGCGGGAGCUUCAACCAGGACGACACGGUCUGCUAAUGCAAUCGUCCCUUCAGAUAAUGGAGAUCCACACGAAGAAUUUGGCAGUAACGACCCUUGUCGCGCUCGUACGACUACGACUACGACUGCUCCGGUCCACGACGGGAACGAAACGGACAACUGGAUACCAAAGGCUCUAGAUUUCGUUGUUACGGCGGAAGUCGCUAAUCGAGCUAGGUCCUAAGUCGUAAGGCGUAGGGUGCUUAUAGGUGAAUCGCAGGUAGUUGGGAGAAUGUC